UAAAAACCCAGUUAAAUGGAGGAAUUACUAACCACCAUAAUAUUAUGUCCCCAGCUGAACCCACAACACACAGUUCCCACUAUCGUAGACGACGGUUUCUCGCUAUGGGAAUCGCGCGCCAUCAGCAGAUACCUCGUCAACAAGUACGGAGGGGAAGCCCUGUACCCUGAGGAUCCGAAGGCGAGGGCUUUGGUGGACCAGAGACUGGACUUCGACUUGGGUACACUGUACCCCAGAUUUGCUGCGUACUUUUAUCCCCAAGUCUUCGGCGGUGCUCCUGCUGAUGAAGCCUUGUUGAAGAAGCUGGAAGAGGCUCUCAAGUUCCUGGACACCUUCCUCGAGGGUCAGAAGUACUCGGCAGGCUCAGAACUGACCUUGGCUGACCUGUCGCUCGUGGCUACUGUGUCUACUAUUGACGCUGCUGGCAUAUCAAUCGAAUCCUACCAGAAUGUCAACAAGUGGUUCGAGUUGGUCAAAUCUACUGCCCCCAAAUACGACGAAGCGAACGGCCAAGGCGUAGAAAUGUUUAGAGCCUUCGUGGCACAGCUCAAAGCCAAGACGGAGCUGUAAUCGUGAGACUGGUAUAGUGCAUAGUUUUAUAUUAAGUAAAUGUUUGAUACAUAAGUGAAUAAUAAAUUGAAAUUUAAAAGUAAAUAAA